AGAUUUUCUAUCGGCAUUGCACCAUCUCUAAUAUUAGCCCCGGUUAUAAUAUUUUUGGUUAUAUUUUUAUGAAUUAAAAUAAGCAAAAUGCUGCGAUCAAGGAUCUCCUGCGCGCUCCCCACGAGGCGGCUGAUGUCGUACUUGUCGCCGGAAUUCAACAAGCUGGCCAACGAGGGCCCUAAGAUUUCCGCUGCAAGCCAUGUUGCUGCCAAUAUGGAUCUGGACCUCUUCGUCAAUCCGGAUAACCGCCCCAUGGAUCUAGUCGACAGGCUAGCCAAGCUCAGGAGCCAAAAGGAAGCUAGUCUUGUGCCCCUGUUUCCAAGUGUUUUGGUCAAACAGCUGCUAGAUUCCACCAAUCCCCAGGAAGCGAUAUCGGUGCUACGGAGUCCUACACAAUACGGCCUGUUUGUUGACCAGUUUUCCGGCUGCUAUUUGAUGGAUGUCCUGCUGCACAACGGCAACGCUGUGGAAGCAGCUCAAGUGGCUGCCAUUCUCGUGGAAAGGGGCUUAUGCAACAACGAGCUGGUCGAGGCUCUGGCGCUCCAGUCGUUCUAUGGUUAUGCCAAAGACUUCAAGCCCGUAGUUGCAGAGCCGCAGGACAAGCCCGCUCCCAAGGCUUCCGAUGUGGAAAAAGUACGUGUGAAAUUUAUCCGCAACUAUCACGAAGAUCCCAGCGAAAAAACCGAAGAGAAAAAACUGGGACGGGCUAUGGUUAAAAUUGGUUCGGGUGAAGGGUCCUUGAAAGAUCUUAAACAAAACAUUGCCCUACUUGGCUAUGUUAUAGCCGGGCAGUUGGCUGAUGCUUCCAGUUUCCUUGAAAAAAACAAGCAGUCCUUCCACAAGGACACUCUUACCGCUGCACAAAGUGCAGCAGAGGGCUCGAAGCUGGAAGGGGCGGAGGAACUUGUCAAGUCUCUACAGGACGCCCUUGAGAAAACAACGAAAACCAAUGCCAUCGCAGAGCAGCUGGAAAACAGCGUCAAAAGCAGUGCCCAGAAGUAUGAGCCCAAACUCCUGGCCGACUACGGCGACUCCUACCAGAAGUGGGCCGUAGAGUUUGAAAAAGCCGUAAGUAAAAAGACCGAGGAACGAAGCCUUGAUCUGCGAAGGGACAACAUCAACAAGACCCUGAGCGAGCUGGAGCUGAAACGACAGAACCUGUGGUACUUCGAGAACAAGGACGAGAUUGACAUACAGAUCUACAAGAAGAAGGUGUACUAUCCAAAGCGCUGGUUCGGCAAAAAGAAGAAGCCAAAGGCAGUUGAUACGUUCUAUGUCCCUCCAAAUAUCACGCACAAUGCAUAACAUUUGACCCCCUGGCCAAAACAAGUUAGAUCCAAUUGUUUUUAAGCUUUAAUUAAACUACUGGAGAGUUAAUCCAAA